AUGGAUGAUACUCUAUGUGGAAAAAUUGAUUUGUUGAGGAAAUAUUUACCUGAUAACUCGGACAAUCUUAGAAUACUCGAUUUUUAUGAUAAUGAUAAUUUCCAAGAAUACUGCCCUGAAAAAAACUGCAAUUCUGAACUCGAACAAAUUACGAUUGGAUUUUUAUGGUUACUUGGAGAAUGUUAUUCUACAUUAACAGGUAGAGUUUAUAAUGAAAAUAAUACUAAUGCAUUUUUUAUAUAUAUUAUUUCAUGGUUAAGUUACAAAUUAAAUCAAAACAAAGAGGAAAAUUUUGCCACAAUAAACGAUUUUUUUACUGAAUAUGUAAAAAAAAGUGGUAAAUAUGAAAGAUUUAUAAGUGAUGCCUUUAAAAUUGGAGAACUUAAGAAAUUCAUGGAUGAACGAAAUGAUUUUAUGAAUAUUAAUAUUGAAGAUUUGUCUAAAUUUUAUGAUGUAUUCAAAUUAUUAUGUAAUAUACAUAAUAAUGUUGCACAGAAUAAACCAAGCGACACACUGUCAAAUAGUGCUACUAGUUUUGUUAAUGAACUUACAGAACUUAACAAUAACUCUAAAAUUGAAGGUACCGUACGUAGUAAAAUAUUACCUGUUUUAUCAACCGAUUAUGAUAAUUUAAAAAAUAUUUGUACUAGAAAAGGUAUUAAUUGUAAAGAUUUUCCAUCACUUCCAGAGAUAGUAACAAACGUUUCUGCACUAAAAUCUGGAUAUACAUCAAGUUCGUCGAUAGGAAAUAAAUUAUUUACAGUUUUAUCGAUAUUUGGUGCAAUAGCAUUUUUUUUAGGAAUUUCUUAUAAGUAUUCCCUAUUUGGAUUUCGGAAACGAGCUCAAAAACAAUAUUUAAAAGAAAAAAUAAAAAAUAUAAAGAAGAAAAUGAAUCGUUAA